UCGGGAUGAUUAAGGGGAGAAGGUCCAAGAGACGGAGGUCCCCGGUGGCUAACCUCACCGAUGAUCUCGUCGUUGAAAUCCUCUCUCGCCUCCCUGCCAGAUCGGUCUGCCGCUUCAAGUGCGUGUCCACCACAUGGCGGGACCUCUUCUCGCACCCCGUCAACCGGAUGAAGCUUCCCCAGACCCUGGCCGGCUUCUUCACAAAGCAUGAUAGUGAAACUGUGCCAUGGUCAGUUCCCCGUUUCACCAAUGUCUCUGGCACAGGCCUCCCGUUGGUCUCCCCUUCGCUUGACUUCCUGCCAGUCCACCAACGCAUUUUCCUGUUGGAUAGCUGCAAUGGCCUUCUCCUCUGCAGCUGUUGUGCUACCGGGGAACUGGAUAUGAUAGAUUAUCGUCAGUUUGUGUGCAAUCCUGCCACCAAGGAGUGGGUCGCAUUGCCGGAUGGCGCCGACGGAUGGCGGGGUUCACGUCUGGGUUUUAAUUCGACCGUGUCACCCCACUUCUACGUGUUUGAGUUCUUCAGACACUAUGGGCUCUUACCCCCUUUGUUCACUGGAGUGGAGGUGUAUUCAUCUGAAACUGGAGGACGGGUUCGUAUGGAGUAUGAACUGGAUAAUGAUUUUACGCCUUUUGAUUCCAGGUUCCCAACUGUCCUUUUUAAUGGAUGUCUGCAUUAUCUCACAAACAAGGCUUUUGUAGCCGUGGUGGACACCGAGGGAAAAGCUUACCGAAACAUACCUGUCCCUAUUCCUGGUGAGCAGGAGUUUGGUUUCAUUCAGUUGUCCCAAGGACGUUUGCACUAUGCCAAUUUUGAGGUAGAUGGUGAAGAUGAGGUGGUUCGACUAGUGGUUUAUAUUCUUGAGGACUAUGACAGGCAACGAUGGACAUUGAAGCAUGCUGCUGAAGCCUCAUAUGUAGUUGGACCACGUGGUUCAUAUGAACCUGGAUGGCUAAGUUAUAUUAAUCUUGGAGAAAAGUUUGAGUGGGUUGCAAUUCAUCCACACUGUAACAUGAUCUUCUACACUGUUGAGUGGGAUAAAACAUUGAUGUCCUACGACAUGGAUCGUCGGCAAGUCCAAGAGAUCUGCAAUCUUGGGGAGGACACUCGGGAGACAUAUCUUCCGUAUGUGCCAUUGUUCUCAGAAUUGCAAGCUUUGCACAUAUGACACCAAUAUGUGAUCGGUUCCAUUAUAGCAAGUAGAUCCUAAA